GGUAAGGCAUUAUACAUCGUCAUAUCCUCCUCCGCAUUUAUCCUCCACUUUGCUACUCAUCUCUCGCAUCCACAUCUCUUUGUUCGUUUCAACUAUCGAUUGCUGCUUUAGCGACUGCUACUGAAUACAUCUCUACCAACACACAUCUACACACGCACAGGCUUCGGCCACACACUUACUUGACGCAGGCUACUGGGAGACUGCAUCUGUACUGAGGAUUCCAUAAGGAUACUAACCGCCCGGCGGAGCGCCGCUUGCACUGCGUGAGUUUCGGACACCACAGGACUAUCCCCCUCCUCCAGAACCGACUCCGGACUCCACCUGCAUACGAAAUGCUGUCCACAAAUAUGCCAGCCGGCAUCCAGCGCCAACGAAUUCAGCACCGUCGACAACUUUCGACACCAGUUGUUUUUGACGCACCCACAGUACGAGCACCACCUGCUAAACUACAAAGACGCAACCGAAGCGGCAUGAGCUUGGAUCUACGCGGUCUCAACCUAGACCCCAUCCAUGCCGCCCGACAAGCCCAACACCAGGACUACACCCAACGACCAGGACCCUUCGACACACCCACCUUCCAGCAGGAGGACAGUACGGUAAGUAAUACUAACAAUCUAGGACAAAUACCACAGCAAUCUAUGCAAGUAGCGCAGCCGCUAAGACAGCCCCAGCCGGGCCCCCAGGAUUCCUUCUUGGCGUCCCCAGUACAGAUCUCUCCCAUCACACCGCGGACUCCACGACGGACACUCCGUGCGCAGUCUCCCCAGCAGCCUCCCUCAUCCCCCUCUAAACCCCCUACUGCACAGCAACUGAAAGAACUCCACGAGCACAUACAAUCAGUGUAUGGCUCAAGUGGACAAGUCUUCAUUAACAUCCUACCAACCCCCACUGCAACACCGCAAAAGCCAGCACAGCUACCAAGCCAUGAGUCUUUUGGUGCAACUCAGCACCCAAGCUUCACUGCUAUGGGUGACAUCAACCUUGAGCCAACCUCAAGAGCCAUGACUUUCGACUUCGACAACCCAGAUGCCGACAUGGGAUACGAAUCGUCAUCUUACUACACAUCCGAUGCUUUGUCGCCAUCGCCAGUCUCUUCGCCGCAACAGCAGAAAGACAUGCACUCUUUCCUGGAGAACAUCGAAGAGCACCAAGAGAUGAUGUUCUCGCAAACACCGGCUCUAUUGCCUACGCCGCAAACUUCAAUGUCGAUCAACGGCCUAUCCAUGGACUCAUUCUCCCAACCUCAGAUCUUCAACGACCUUGAGGUUGACGCGAGUUUCGAGUUUACUGGCAUUGCACCUGAAGAAGUUGCGCGUUACAUCAGCGAGCAAGACACCACAACCGGCAAGUGGACCUGCCUCUUCCACGGUUGCGGCAAGGUCUUCGGACGACGAGAGAACAUCCGAUCGCACGUUCAAACUCAUCUUGGCGAUCGUCAAUAUAAGUGCAAUGGAUGCGGCAAGUGCUUUGUCCGCCAGCACGACCUGAAGCGCCACGCAAAGAUCCACUCAGGCAACAAGCCAUACAAGUGCCCAUGUGGCGCAGGUUUCGCACGACAAGAUGCUCUCACGCGCCACCGCCAGCGUGGCAUGUGUGUCGGUGGGUUCCCCGAUGCAGUCCGCCGACAAGCCAAGCGUGGCCGACCGAAGAAGAAUCGCCCAGACAUGGAGCAGCGUGUCGAGAAGGCUAGCAGGUCACGGGCACUAGCAUCUGCAGCACCAUCCUCAGCUGGCUCGCCGUACUCAGAAGCUCGAUCUCCAUCACCACUCGAGGGCUACGAGCCAGCUCAAUCACAGGACAUGCCCCAGCUCAUGUCCGACUCACAAAGCUACGACUCCAUGAACGCUUCAGUGGAUCCCUUCAGCUUUGAGGCCUCAUCAAGCCCUUUCGCAGAAGACGCACAAUCGAGCUUUGCGUCUGCCACCUACCCGAGCGACGCCGCGUCAAUGAACAUCCUCCAACAGCUCUCUCAACACUCGCAUACGCCUCCCAUGUCACCAGCCGACGUGCGACCCGCUUCCGCCGGGUCUGUCAACGGUUCGAGCGCGCCAGUCCAGUCCAGCCCUUUGAAGGCUUCGUCGUCGCCAUCACGGUCGUCUGUCCAGUCCCAUCAAUUUACAACACCGCCGACAUCGCCAAUCGAGCCCAAAGACGCUCUCGACGAGUUGUUUGACACUAUGCCUGACACCUCUUACUCUCAGUUCGAUCUUGAAAUGAAGGCAAUGGGCGACUUCACUUCAUUGGACUCCUCUUCCUACGACCUCUUGGAUUUCACCGUAUAAAUAUUCUUACUCGACGCGACGACGCCACUGCGAGGCUGUAUGAUAACUGUUAUGGAUUACGACGUAUAAUGACUCGGCGUUUGCGAAAUCUCUGGAAGAUGGUUCAACGCAUUGCUUAACUCUUACUUCUGGGCAGGCUCUCCAAGAUCUUGACAGGAUCUAGGAUCAUUCUUAGGAAAGGAUCACGUUUCGCUUCUGGUUUAUGUUACUGUAGGGGCCGCUCGACGUGGGGAUCACGCUCCUUAGGCAGGCACAAUUGUUAUUUUCAAAACGGCGUAUAUGGUUUGGCUAUCUCGACGAUUGAACGUCAGAACUAGUGCAGUAUUUCUGCUAGCGAUGCAUCGAUAUGAACGAUGAGCGUUUAUGUAGCAAUGCGACAAUGUUGGACGUCUUGUCAAUCGACAAAUAUGACUUCAUCUUG